CACCACCACACCGUCGUUCAAGCACACACACACACACGAACACACACACACGAACACACCCACACUCGUCUACCAACACCAAACCAAAACCAAUUCAAAAUGCAGUUCUCCAUCGUCGCCCUCGGCCUUGCUGCCGUCGCCUCUGCUGCCGUCGCCCCAGCCUACAUCGCCCCAUCUCCACCAACUUACGCCUCUGCUGUCCCAGCCAGCUACGCUUCCGCACCACCUGCGUACGCUUCUAACCCGGCCGUCUACCCUGCGCACCCAGCUGCUAACGGCACCGCACCUGCCGGCACGACGAAUGGAACAACAACCCCUGCAGCGGGAGCCAACGGAGGAGGAGCCAACGGAGGAGCCAACGGAGGAGCCAACGGAGGAGCCAACGGAGGAGCCAACGGAGGAGCCAACGGAGGAGCCAACGGAGGAGCCAACGGAGGAGCCAACGGAGGAGCCAACGGAGGAGCCAACGGAGGAGUCAACGGAGGAGUCGACGGAGGAGUCGACGGAGGAGCUAACGGAGCCAAGCCCGAGGGUGAUGCUGCUGUCUACACUGGCGGCGCCGCUCAGCUCACUAGCGGUGUUGCUUGCGCUGCCGGCCUCAUCGCUUUCUUCUUGUAGAGAGUUGAUGUCUGGAUGGAGGAGGAAGGUUGGAGGUGAAGGGUGAAUGAUGGAUGAUGUUCAAGGUUGGGGAAGUUGAGGGCCGGCUUGGGCUUUGUAUAUACCCCGGCGAUGUAUGCGCCCUAAUGUUAAUACUUGGUGCGCUUCGCUGUGCAUUCCAUCUA